ACAUCUGGAAGCCAAAUGUUAGCAGCAAUAUAAAAAGGCCAACACAACAAACUGGUGGGGCAUUUCUAAGCCAGGAACAUAGACAACAUGGAGUUUGUUCUUCUCUGUGUGUUCCUGCCACUGGUGACAGUGGCUUGGGAUGGGCAGUCAGACUAUUACUAUCCACAAUAUAACUAUGGGGAUAAUGAUGAGUGGGUUAACGUGUAUCGUCAGGGCUUCAACUUCCAGUGCCCCCAUGGGCAGGUGAUAGUGGCAGUAAGAAGCACAUUCAGCAAGGAGGAAGGCUCUGACAGACUGUGGAACUACGCGUGCAUGCCAACCCCACAGGGCCUGGGGGAGCCAACUGAAUGCUGGUGGGAAGAGAUCAACAGAGCUGGAACAGAAUGGUAUCAGACCUGCUCAAAUAAUGGCCUCGUGGCUGGGUUCCAGAGUCAGUAUUUUCCCUCAGUGCUGGAUCGGGAAUGGCAAUUUUACUGCUGCCGCUACAGCCGGAGAUGCUCAUACUCAUGUUGGUUAACAACAGAAUAUCCAGGACACUAUGGGGAAGAUGUGGACAUGAUGCUGUAUACUUAUGAUCAUUACAUCCGAGGGGCCACUACAACUUUCUCUGCUGUGGACAGGGAUCGCCAGUGGAAGUUCAUUGUCUGCCGGAUGACAGAUUUCAACUGUCAGUUUGAGAAUGCUUAGACAUAGUGACUCUAUCAAACUUGGGGCGGGGGGAGGACUAAAAGGAAAAGGACAUGCAAACUUACAAAAAGCAUCCAAAUCAUCAGCUUCCUGCUGAUGUCACAGAUCUUUUUUUGUCUCUUGGAGCUGUUUAACUUCAAUACCAACCCAAUGCACCCUUUGGUCUAGUAACAUGCUUAUAACUGCACUUUUGGAGGAUUCUCUUCAUUUUCCUUUGUGGCUGCAUCUCCCAGUUAAAAUGCUUAUAAUGUGCAACACAUUUUAUUAACAGCUGCUUUUUCAUACCUAGCCACUAUGACCUCACACCAUUUUAUUUUGCAUUGCCUAGUAUCUCUGUACAAAACGCUUUGUAUCCCUGAUCACUACCCACAUGGUUCAAAUGCAAGAAAAGCCAUCUAGUGCAUACCUCACUAAUUUUUCAUACCUCUGUGCACACAAAUCCCUGUAAUUGUAAAUGAGUUUAGGCAGUGCUGCAACAAGACUCUGGCAUUCUCUAUAAUACUGGGGAUAAGCCCUGGAUACAGCUAUCAGUGUGAGCUCAUUUUUUCCAAUGCCAGUGUAUAUAGGGUAAUGACAUUAUUUGCACAAGAGGAAAUUUUACCCCUGAUAAGAACCAAAGGAAAAAGCAAAUAGUAGCUUCACCCAUCUACAUUUGGAGACCAAUUCUCCUUUCCACUAAGGUCCCUUUAUAUUCUUAUUUGCAUCUUGGUGCUUUUGACUGUAAUACCAGCUCACUGCACCUUUUGGUAUAGUAAUAUGCCUAGAAGUUUCAGCAGAGCUGCAUUAAUUGCUGUAAUAGUGUUGUUAAUGUGAUGGUCCAGGGAAUAUGCAAGAAGAAAGAUUUUUUAAUUUUAUUUCACAUGAUGCGUUCCUACCCAAAAGCUUCUUUAACAUUCUUUGCAACUAUGGAGUUGAUCCAAUAAAAUAUAUUACCUCACAAGUCUUGCUUCUCUGACAGAUGAAAUCAGGGCAAAUCCCCAGAGUAAAGAAGGCCUCCAUUACUCGCUAAACACACUGCCUUGGCCAUAUAUUGUUAUCAGGAGUCCACUCUUCAGGUGAACUAGGCUAUCACCAUUGACAACAUUCUUGGCUCACAUUGGAUCAAUAAAAAACAGUGACCUUGACUGAACUUAAAUUUUUUCCAGUUUGGAAGUCUUGUUCCCAACAUGUAUGCCUUAAAAAAGUCCAUACAGUUAUUAGUACUAAGAUGUGAUGUCCUUUUAGUGGCUUAGUUUGAUGUUUGGAAGUGUUAACCUUCAAACUUACCUUGGACCUUUAAUCGUUCAAAAUGGCACUCACACAGCCGCAGUCCAAUAAGGAAGACUGAUAACCUCCUCAGGUAGGUUAUGUUUCAUACAUUGUGCAUUUGCAAGCAUUCAUGGCUUGAUCCUUCACCCAAGAAAGUCAAUGGCCCACUUCCCAUUGACAUAAGAUCAGGCUUAGAAUGAAAGCAUGCAUCAAAUUAAAAUUCUAAGAGCAAUUGGUAAUUGUCAAUCUCCUUCUUCCAAAUAUCUCUCCUCGCUUGGAUUUCUAUUAACAUACUAUCGAGUGUUAUCCUGCAUACCACACUGGUGAAAUAAAUGAAUUCAAUACAUUUUCCAAUGCA